AUGCAAUACUACAGCAAUGCGGCAGUGUCGAUUCACUGCCUCGGUCAAGAGCUGUGUUGUCUCAAGAGUCAGGGACGUCUGUUUGAGAAGGGCAUCGAGCUAGCGUCAGUGGUCUGUCAUCUCACAUCGCGCUUGCCUCUAGCCGCAGCUGGAUUCGUUGACGGCAACAUCCAUCUCCAUCAACCUACAGACUACAGUAGGCCAGUUCUCACACAAUCAGGCAUCGCGCCUCUGAUGGAUGACAAUCAAGCAAAUCGGGCCAGAGACUCGGCAUCUGAGAGUCCUAUAGAAGGCAGAAAACCACGUCUCCUCAUCAUCGGUGCGGGCUCACGAGGCAACGCCUACGCAGCAGCACUCGUUCGCUCUGGUCUCGGUGUUGUGGCAGCUGUAGCAGAGCCCAUCGAGUUCAAGCGUCGACAGCUGGGCCAGAAAUUCAUGUGGCACGACUCAACGCCCAAGCCUGAGCACGAAUUCGAGACUUACACUGACUUCGUUCGCUUCGAGCAGCAGCGUCGAAAGGACGAAUCCGCUGGGGUGCCAGUACCGUCUGGCGUCGAUGGUGCCUUCAUAUGCGUUCGAGACGCGCAGCACGGUCAUGUCCUCACAGCCAUCGGACCACUUGGCCUACACAUCAUGAGCGAGAAGCCUUUGGCCACUUCCUUGACAGAGUGCUUGAAGAUUGAGCAGGCCAUCAGAACGGGCGCAGAGCGUGUAUUCGCUAUUGCGCACGUCCUUCGCUACAGUCCUCACAACAUGCUUCUUCGCCACCUUGUACGCGAGAAGAAAGUCAUUGGCGACAUUCUAUCGAUCGAGCACACGGAGCCAGUAGGCUGGUGGCAUUUCAGUCAUUCAUAUGUUCGUGGCAACUGGCGCAAAGAGUCCACCACAGCUCCAAGCCUGUUGACAAAGAGUUGCCACGACAUCGACUUUGUACUUUGGAUGCUAUGCUCACCUCCUCCAGGUUCUACAGAAAAGCCGCAUCUGCCGGCCAGGCUUAGCUCGACUGGCUCUCUCAAGCACUUCCGUCAGGCGCAGAAGCCGAAGGCUGCUGGCAAUGCCACCAACUGCCUAUCUUGUCCUAUCAAAGACACUUGCAAAUUCUCGGCAAGCCGGAUCUACUAUGACAAGCACCUUGCUAAAGGCACAGCGAAGUGGCCGGUGGACAUCGUCAGCCCGGAAGCAGAAAGCAUAGCUGCUGCAUCUGGACCAGAAGCAGCCAAAGAGACUCUCAUCAAGUCUUUGGCCGAAGACUACGAUGCCAAAACGACUCCCCUAGCUGACAUUGAGGGCCGCUCGUGGUAUGGAAGAUGCGUAUUCGAAAGCGACAACGACGUCUGCGACGAUCAAUACGUCAAUAUCGAAUGGGACGACGACCUCAAUCACCCAAAAGGCGGAGCCAAAACUGCAUCUUUCCACAUGAUCGCCCAAUCUCUAGCCCAGUGCGAGCGCAGGGGACGCAUAUACGGUACCAACGGAGAGAUUUCCUACGACAGCAAAAGCAUCACGGUCCACGACUUCGACAAUGACACCACCCAGACACACAACCCCGAAGUACCCGUCAAUUCACACCACGGCGGUGGAGACGAUGGCCUAACGCAGCAGUUCGUGAAAGCAAUGAUCGCAAGCAUGUCGGGCGAGAUGAGCGUCAAGCAAGCACAGGUCGAGCACCUGGGUUGCACGAUGGACGAGAUCAUUCGAUCCCAUGCUGCUGUGUUCGCUGCUGAGGAGGCAAGACGAGAGCGGAAGGUUGUGGAUUGGCAGGAAUGGUGGGCUCGUAAUGUUGGCAAGCAGCAACAUGUCUGA